AUGGCAGCAAACCCCUUUUCCGCUGUUCCAUACGAAAUUGCGGCUCAUAUCCUGAGUUUUGUCCCACGCUCUGACCUCCCGACUGUGUGCCUGGUCAAUAAAUCACUUUGCGGCUGUGCUGAACCCAUUCUCUACUCUGAUAUUAGCCUCGAAUGGAGUCAUCGGCAGAAAAACCCGCCCAUCACUCCUCUAUUACAAAAGCUUUUCCGCAGACCAGAGCUGUUCAACUGCGUCGGUGUCGUCUCGCUAACUGGGGAUGAUUUUGUUGGGAGUAACCCUUCUCCCCCUGUGACGGCCACAGAAUCUGCAGUGGUGGAGCUUGAACGCAUCAUCAAAAGCUUCGACGCUCCAUUUACCGACGUCUGGGUAAAGAAACUCCGAGAAGGCAGUAUGGACGCCUUUGCCGCUCUAUUGAUAGCGCCUCUCUCCAAGAUCCGCCGCCUCACCAUCACAGACAAUUAUAUCCAAUGGCUUGAUCUCAUUGGCAAAGUCCUCCGGUUAAAGGCUAUCGGACAGCAUCUGCCCAGAUUUGAACGGCUGAAACUCAUCGUCUACUUCCACGGGCUUGAUCGUUAUACGCCCACGCUCCCGCACAGGGUUGAUGAAGUCAUGGCUCUCCUCUCUGUACCAACAGUCACCCACCUGGCGGCUCAUAUCGGCGGCACUGAGAUUUUCCACUGGCCCGCAGGAGAACCCGAUCUCAGUUGCUUAACCUCGCUAGACCUGGAAGGGUGCUACGCAGCUUUCAUGUCAAAGAUGCUCGCCCUGACUCGGAACCUAAAGUCGCUUUCCUGGCGAUGGGAAUAUGUGCCUGAGACAGGUGAUCCUUGGAUGAACAACUAUCUUGACUUGGACGCAAUCAUCUCGGCCGUACUACAUGUCAGAGAAACUUUGGAGAAACUCCGGUUUAGAAUCACUCUCGGCAACUAUUUUCUUGGUGGUAGACCUGCCAUGGAUGUCUCGGGCUCGUUCGAUGGUCUUAUCAACUUGAGGCGGUUAACCGAACUCGAUGUGCCGUUCGCAUGUCUGACAGGCUUUGGAAUCAAGCCCCAACCUCUGGAUCGACAUGUUCCUCGCAGCGUUGAGACACUUUCUCUCUCCACAGGUAUGCUCUGGCAUGAUACAGUUCUAUGGGCUCUGGGUGAUAGGCGGCCCAAUGACUGGGAUGUUGCGCAGCAGCUUCGAGAAUUUGUCAAGAGAAUCCCCACCAGGCUGCCACACCUACAUCUUGUCAAGAUUAUUGAUGAUAUUGGCGGCUUUAGAAACGGCAAACUCGAUGAGAUACUCGCAAAGCACCCUUUGCGUGAAGAUAUCGAGAUUGUGCACGACUUUCCACCCCUUUGGCGACUUCUGUAG